AUGUCGGAUGUUGAAAUUAUCCCUGCGACCCAAGAAAGCUCGGGGUCCGCUACCGCCGCGAGUCAAAAUGAGCCCUCACAAGUUUGUGAAAGCCAGAUUGACCCGCUGUUAAGGGAUGCCAGUGCUGAAGGCGCUGAGACCGUCGCUGCUACGGCGGGGAGCGACAAAUCAAGCGAGGAUAAUGAGUUCGGCAAGUUUGCGGAUCGCCGCACGGAAGAAUUAACAAGCACCUCAUCUUCCAAGGAUUCCCAACUUACGCCUCCUCUUACUCCCACCAAGAAGAGGAAGUAUGUGAAGAGUGACGACAAAUUUACUGAUGCAGUAAAAGAGAAGCUGGAUAAGUUUCUACUUGGGUCUCGGCGGGUUAUGCUGAUUGACCUCAAUAAAAGUCGGCUGCGUCUUCUCCAGGACUUUUACUUCAAGGAUCUCUCCGGCGAAGAGAAAGAUUUUGCCAUCAGCGAGUCACACAGGAGAUUCUUCGACAAUGUGAAUACCUGGAAGAGUCGUAUCAUUACUGCAAUGGAGAACUGGAUCAGAGUCGAGAUCGAGAACUCCAAGCCCUUCAAAAUUACAGGCAGCAUACAAUACGCUCAGAGUAUUCUCGCUGACAAGUUCGAGAUUGACAGCUAUUUGAACGUCUUCCAGUUCGCAAAGGGUCAUAUCAAUCUCAGAGGCAAGGAUGAUGAUACCAAGAAAGUCAUCCGAUGGUGCAAAAUUAUUUUUGUCGACCUGGGCGCCUGUAUGAAGAUGUACUUGAAUAAGGAAUAUGGCAUCAAGCGAUCGGAUCCCAGUGAUAACCUGGACUACACCAAGAAACUUAUCAUGGAACGUUUCGACAAUUACGGCACCGCGAAGGAAUACGACAAAUUCCGUCCCAGUAUUGGCCAGGUCUCUGUUUUCAAUCGUGUCAAAUCAAGCGAGAAAAAGAGGCAGAAGGUUUCUUCAACGACCGAUUCGGGAGUGGUUACGCAGCUUUACAUCCCAGACGAUGAUUAA